GGAGCGUGUGGAACAGGAGUCAUUACACUUAACCAAAAAAUGGAUAAAGACAAAAGAAAACGCUCAAAAAACUUCAGUGAAUUUGAGAAGACCCUUUUUAAACAAAUUGUAUCAAACUAUCCUGUAAUUGAAAACAAACAGCAUGAUUCAGGUACAGAAAACAAGAAGAAGAAAGCAUGGAUUUCCAUAUUGAAUGAAUUCAACUCAAAUGAAAAAGUAACCAAACGGACACUCCAACAAGUUCAGGUCCUGUGGAAAAACAUAAAAAUAAACCUGAAAAAAACAACUGCUGCUACGCGUCAAGAGCGUUUCAAGACAGGUGGGGGACUUCCAGUUCCACCAGACACAGAGGAGUUGGGGGACUUGUUGGCUGGGAUUAUUGAAAGUCAGCAACCCCUGGAAGGUAUUCCAGAUGAUGACCAUUUGGACAGUUCAGAUGACCUGAUCUUCACCCAGGACUUGGGGGGCGCAGGGAACAGUCAAGAGGCUCAAAUGAAUCCAUCAGCAGCCAGCACCAACAUGCAGCAGCAUCCAGUCUCCUGCGGUAGCAUUAGUCAGCAUCCAGCAGUCUCUAAUCCAGGCAGCAGGUCAAGAGGGAAAAGGAUGACCAUUCAUGAGAAACUUGCCAUAGAGUUCCAUGAAUGUAAAUUAAAAUAUUUAAAAGAAGAACAUGAAGUCAAAAUGAAAAUUCUUCAUCUUGAGUUGUCUAUGAAAGAGAGAGAGAUGAAGCAGCAGCAGUGUCAAUUGUCUUUGGAACCAAACCUCAGUUAA